CUAUUGCAACGCAGCUCUAACCACUAUGCUACAUCCAUCUAUCGGCUUACAUUAGCUCUAAGCAUGGGUUCUGUAAUAUGGACACCCGGUCAUACACCAGAUAGCCUUACUCUGUGGUAUGAGCACGAUAAGAGACUGUUCGUCGGUGACCUAUUUUAUAGAUUUGAUGAUAUCAUGUUCUAUGACCACACCAACAUUCAAGACUAUGAGGCGUCCACAAGAAAGAUUAUCAGCUUUAUCAUGAACCAAACGCAACCUAAGCAGAUUCGUUACUCGGCUUCGAAGAAGGACAGGGACUUCGAGUGUUUGCCAGUAUUCAAACAAUAUCACAGAUUUCUGCUGUCCGUGCUUGCUGGGACUCACAUUGGCUCGCCAUUACGGAUUGAUGAAGCCGAUGGUUGGAGAUUUGAAACUCGGGAUAAAUCGAUGAGAAUCAUUCUUAGCCACGACAUUGUGAAAAGGCUGAAUAAGGCCAGAGAAAAAGUUCAACAGUAUACAUAG